AGAGAGAGAAAGAGAGAGAGAGAGAGAGAGAGAAAGAGAGAAAGAGAGAGAGACUGAGUUUGCUCUGCAGUGGCUUCUCAGGUUUAAAGUUAUUCACAAUGGGGUUCCUAAUCCCACUGUGUGUGCCUCUGCUGCUGUUAAUGCAUGGAGGACUCAUCAAUGGACAAACAACAGACUUUAUCAUGACUGCUCAGGCUGACACUACACCCAUAGAAGAGACCACUGCAGAAGACUUUGUCACGACUCCUCAGGCCGACACUACAGACAUAAGAGAGACCACUGCAGAAGUUAUCUUUACUGUUUCUGAUGAUGACCCUUGCAACAACUACACUUCUCUGGACCAACCCUGGAGAUCUAUUAAUGCAGCUGGAUCAGGCAUUUGUGAUGCUUACUUCAACUGGAACGGCUGGUACCGGCUGUUCUAUAACGGGAUGAACAUCCGUAUGGCAGAGAGCUGUACUCCUGUAUACAGAUGUGGUACUUAUUACACUAUGUGGCUCAAUGGCCCUCAUCCUCAGAUAGGGGAUGGAGUGGUCACUCGCCAGGUCUGUGGAAAUAUAGGAUAUUACUGCUGUUACUUCAGUUCCACCCAAAUUAGACUGAAAGCAUGCCCAGGAAACUACUAUGUCUAUGAGUUUGUCAGGCCAAACUACUGCACUGCAGCCUAUUGCACAGAUCCUAGUACAUUGGACCUGACUGCUGCUCCAACAGCACUUAUUGGUACAGAAUCUAACUUUACCACAACAACUACUCCAGCUAUCUCCUCUGUUGACCCUUGUUACAACUACACUGUUCUUGAAGACAUCUGGAGAACCACAUACAGUUACUAUGGUUAUGGCUACUAUACUUACGGUUACUCCAGCUACUACAGUAGCCAUGAUGACACCACUAUAGAAUGGAACGGCUGGUAUCGGCUUUAUCUUCAGGGAGAAAAUGCACAGAUUCCUGAGUGGUGUGUGAGCUACAUGACAUCUGGUGGUUACACCCCACUGUUGCUUGGAGGGUCACAUCCUCUUGUGAAGGAUGGAAUUGUGACCCGAGAAAUCAAUGCACCCUAUAGCUAUGGGUACUACAGUUACCAGUGCAAUUACUACAGAUCCAAUCCAAUCCAAGUGAAAGCCUGUCCAGGACAUUACUAUGUCUACAAACUUGUACGGCCAGAUGUGUCAAUUCCAUUGCCCACCUACUCAGUCGUUGCUUUAAACAGUCCCAGUUAUGACCCCUGCAAUAACUACAUCUCCUUGGAUCAGCCCUGGAGAGCCAACAAUGAGACUGGAUCAGACAUCUGUGACAGUUACUUCAACUGGAACGGCUGGUACCGGCUGUUCUAUUAUGGGAUGAAUGUCCGUAUGCCAGAAAGCUGUGUUGAUGUAAACAGAUGUGGUACUUAUUACAGUCUGUGGCUCAAUGGUCCUCAUCCUCAAAUAGAGGAUGGAGUGGUCACUCGCCAGGUUUGCGCCAAUGCAGGAAAUGACUGCUGCUACAUCAAGUCCACCCCAAUUCGUGUUAAAGCAUGCCCGGGAGACUAUCAUGUGUAUGAAUUUGUCAGUCCAACCAUUUGUAAUGCGGCUUACUGUACAGAUGCCAGCACCAUAACUCCAACCCCUGCCCCACCAACUGAAGCCAGUGGUGUACGAUCAAACACAACUAUGACAACAACUACAAACAACUCCACAUUUGACCCCUGUGACAACUACCGUGCCCUCGAUGAAUACUGGAGAACCAUCAGGAGCUUUUACAAGGGUCAUGAUGACACUCUUGUUGAAUGGAAUGGCUGGUAUCGGCUGUACCUUCAGGGAGUAAGCGCUCAGAUGUCUGAGUGGUGUAUGAGCUACAUGACAUGUGGUGGUCACACACCACUUUCGCUCGGUGGUUCUCAUCCAAAGCCAGAGGAAGGAAUUGUCACUCGAGAAGUCUAUGGAUCCAGUGGUAGCCAAUGCACGGCCUAUGGAUCCAAACCAAUCCAAGUGAAAGCCUGUCCAGGAAAUUACUAUGUCUAUAAACUUGUCAAGCCAGAUGUAGCAAUCCCGAUGCCUUCUUACUGUGCAGUUACUGUUAACCAUCCCAAUUAUGACCCAUGUAAUAACUACACUCCACUGGAUCAACCUUGGAGAGCCACUAAUGGGACUGGGAUGGAUAUUUGUGACAUCUACUUCAACUGGAACGGCUGGUACCGGCUGUUCUAUUAUGGGAUGGACAUCCGUAUGCCAGAGAGCUGCGUUCCUGCAUACAGAUGUGGCACUUAUUACACUCUGUGGCUCAACGGUCCUCAUCCUCGGAUAGAGGAUGGAGUGGUCACUCGUCAGGUCUGUGGGAAUUCUGGAUAUAACUGCUAUAACAUCAGGUCUACCACAAUUCAAGUCAAAGCAUGCCCAGGCAACUACUAUGUCUAUGAGCUUGUUCGUCCAGACUACUGCAACAUGGCCUACUGUACAGAUGCCAGCAGCAUAACACUGACCACGUCCCCAACAACUAUAGCAUCUACUGAAUUCAGCUUGAGCACAACUAACUCUCCAACAGGAUACGAUUUUGACCCUUGUGAAAAUUACACUGUCCUUAGUGACUCAUGGAGAAGCGCAUACAGUCACUUGGGUUACAACAGUCAUGAUGACACUCUUGUUGAAUGGAACGGCUGGUAUCGGCUGUAUCUUGACGGUGAAAGUGCUCAGCUUCCCGAGUGGUGUGUGAGCUACAUGUCUUGUGGUGGUUACACACCACUUCUGCUUAAUGGCUCUCAUCCACGGCUACAGGACGGCAUUGUCACCCAAGAAAUCUAUGGACCCUUUAGCAGCCAGUGUAGAUAUUACAGAUCCAACCCAAUCCAGAUCAAAGCCUGCCCAGGACAUUAUUAUGUCUACAAACUUGUCAGGCCAGCUCUAUCAGUCCCUAUGCCUACAUACUGUGCAGUUGUUUACCGCACCAGUUACGAUCCCUGCAAUAACUACAUAUCUCUAGAUCAACCCUGGAGAGCCAAUAAUGCAACUGGAUUGUAUAUAUAUGACAGCUAUUUUAACUGGAACGGCUGGUACCGGCUGUUCUAUCAUGGGAUGGACAUCCGUAUGGCAGAGAGCUGUGUUUCUACAUCUAGAUGUGGUACUUAUUACCCUCUGUGGCUCAAUGGCCCUCAUCCUGAUAUAGAGGAUGGAGUGGUUGCUCGCCAGGUCUGUGGAAACUCAGGACAAGACUGUUGUCAAUUCAGCUUUUUUGCAAUACAAGUAAAAGCAUGUCCUGGCAACUACUAUGUCUACGAAUUUAAGAGUCCAAACGUCAACUACUAUUACUACUAUUACUACUACUACUACUACUACUACUACAACUACUACUACUCUGCUACAGCUUACUGUACAGAUGCCAGCACCAUAACCCCGACCUCUGCUCCUAUAACUACAACUGCAGACACUGGAUUGAACAUGACGAUGACAACCACACCAAUUGAGUAUAACUUUGACCCCUGUUACAACUACUCUGUUCUUAAUGAUGACUGGAGGAGCAUUUACAAUGGCUACAGUGGUCAUGAUGACACAGUUGUUGAAUGGAACGGCUGGUAUCGACUGUAUCUACAGGGAAGAAAUGCUCAGAUUUCUGUGGGGUGUGUGAGCUACAAGACAUGUGGUGGUUACACUCCACUUGUGCUUGAUGGCUCUCAUCCACAGGAGGAUGAUGGCAUUGUUACAAGAAACAUUCAAGCAUUCUCUGGUAGCGACUGUAACACAGCCAACAGAUCCAACCCAAUCCAAGUGAAGGCUUGUCCAGGACAUUACUAUGUCUACAAACUCGUCAAGCCAGAUGUAUCGAUUCCAAUGCCAACAUACUGUACAGUGGGCCUAACUUACCCAAGCACUGACCCCUGCAAUAACUACAAUGUGCUGGACCAGCCCUUUAGAGCCACAAACAAUUCAAACCGGAAUAUCUAUCCCAAUUACUGGUGGUGGUGGUGGUCAUGGUGCGACAGUUACACCAUUUGGAACGGUUGGUAUCGGCUUCUCUAUCAGGGCAAUAACAUCCGGAUGCCAGAGUCAUGUGUCAACCAGGGCAUGUGUGGCACUGAUGCCCCUCUCUGGCUCAAUGAUCCUCAUCCACGACUGGAAGAUGGAGUGGUCACUCGGCGAGUCUGUGGAAGCUGGAACAAUGACUGCUGUUAUUUCAAGUCUUACCCCAUUCAAGUGAAAGCUUGUCCAGGAAAUUAUUAUGUAUAUGAGUUUGUCAGUCCAGUCACCUGUUCUUUAGCCUACUGUGCAGAUGUUAGUCAUCUUACUGCAUCAGACAACACACUAAAUAUGGUCACAACUGAGCCAACCACUACAGAGAUCACUACCACUGAAACUAUACCUCUAACUAGUACAGUGCAGAUACCCACUACCACAGAGACCACCACCAUUGAAAUUACUACUCCAGAAAGAAAUACAACUACAGGUCCUUUCUAUCCCUAUGGAAUUGGUGUUGGAGACAUAGUAAAUGGACGGAUAGAUGAUGGAGGUUCAUCUGCUAUUUCUCUGGAGCAGCCAUUUAUAUUCUUUGGAAAAACCUACAGUCAAAUAUAUGUUAACAACAAUGGUGACUUAACCUUUGAUCAAGCAUGGUACAGCUACACCCCCUAUCAGUUUCCUGCUAACGGUGGACGAGACCUCAUUGCUCCAUUCUGGACAGACAUUGAUAAUCGUGGAAAUGGUGUCAUCUCUUAUCAGCAAUACACUUCUGGAAAUGUUCUCAGACAGGCUACCCAGGACAUAAACCAGUAUUUCCCUCAGCUGCAAUUCAAUGCAACUUGGGUCUUUGUUGCAACUUGGGAUAAAGUAGCUUACUUUUCUAUGUCGGGCACGGAAACAUCUUUUCAAGCAGUUUUGAUUUCAGAUGGCCAUCUGUCUUUUAUACUGAUGAACUAUGGUGAAAUUGCUCCAACAGGCAGGGCUGUGCAGGCUGGUUAUGACACAGAUGACUCCAGCUACUAUUUCUCAAUUCCUGGGUCAUUUCAGUACAACUACAGUAUCUUUACAUACAGCACCAAUGUCAAUGUCACAGGCAGAUGGGCCUUCCGUGUGGAUCAUGGUUCACAGAGAUGCCAAUUUAACAACAACCCCGUCCCACAGGGUACCUCUUUCUGGACAGAUGCCUCUUGCCUGGAGAGGUGCACCUGCACCCGCAGAGGUCUCCAGUGCAGCUCACAGCCCUGCACCUUCUCUCAAGCCUGCCGUCGUGCUGCUUUCCAGUAUGGAUGCCAAAAUAUUCAACGCCAAACCUGCACCAUUUCUGGUGACCCCCACUACUACACGUUCGAUAACCAGAUCUUUCACUUUCAAGGGAUAUGCACUUAUGUCCUGUCUGAGGCCUGUGGUGACGGGUUGCCGUACUAUCGUAUUGAAGGAAAGAAUGAGAAUCGAGGUAGCACACGUGUGUCAUGGACACGCUUGGUCAGAAUAUUUGUCUAUGAUGUAGUAUUAGAACUGGUAAAAGAUCAUCAAUAUGAAGCCAAGGUGAAUGGGACCUUCACAGCAACACCGUUCAGCCUCCGCAAUGGCUCCGUUCAAGUCUAUCAGUCUGGCUUUUCUGUAGCUGUCAGUACAGAUUUUGGCUUAGUUGUUACAUAUGAUGCAUAUUCCUAUGUGACCAUCAGUGUGCCUUAUGACUAUCAGAAUGCCACAUGUGGCCUGUGUGGUAAUUUCAACCAUCGCCCCGAAGAUGACUACCGUACACCUACAGGAGAGAUCUUGAGCUCAGAUGUGGAAUUUGCAAACUCUUGGACAGCACAGGGGGACACAGAUGCUAUCUGCCAGGAUAGCGGGUGUUCAGGUCUGAUGUGUGCUGCUUGUACCACUGCUCAGAGCAAUCUGUACAGUAACUCAGACUACUGUGGAAUCAUGAGAGAUCUUAGUGGACCGUUUGCUUCAUGCCACUCAAGGUUGGCACCCCAGACCUUUAUAGAGAAUUGUGUCUAUGAUCUUUGUGUGGGAGGAGGUUACCAGCCAAUCCUGUGCCAGGCAUUGAAUGUAUAUGCUGCUCAGUGUCAGCAGCAGGGCAUUCAGAUUGGCCACUGGAGAAGACAAGGAUUCUGUGAAAUCCAGUGUCCUGAGCACAGUCACUUUGAUUCCCAGGGCACAGGCUGUCCUGCAACCUGCAGUAACCCUUCUGCACCUGUAAACUGUCCCUUGCCAAGCCAGGAGAGCUGUGUCUGUGAUGCUGGAUAUGUCCUAAGUGCUGGAGAGUGUGUUCCUCUAGCUAACUGUGGCUGUUCAUUUGAAGGACUCUACUAUGCCAACAGUCAGUCAGUAGUAUUGGACGAUGACUGUGGGAGGCUGUGUACAUGCAACAACAGAGUAAUGAGCUGCCAAAAUCACCAGUGUGGUCCACAGGAGAUGUGUGCAAUCCAUGAUGGAGUGAGAGGGUGCAGACCAUUAAGCUAUUCCACCUGUUGGGUUGAAGGACCAGGCUCAUAUCACACCUUUGAUGGUCUGACAUAUAGCUACCCAGGAGCCUGUGGGCUUACCCUCUCUAGGGUGAUGGGACCGUCCCCACUUCCUAAUUUUGCAGUAACAGUCCAAAAACAGCCCAGAGGGCCUCAGAGCUUUUCCAGAUUGCUGAAGUUUGAGGCAGAGGGAACUCAGGUCACUAUUGAAAUGGGAGAGGGAGGAACAGCAACAGUGGAUGGGCAGGCGGUUGCUGUACCAUUUAGUGUUGGCACUGGUCGCAUCCGUAUCUUUCACAGCAGUGUGAAGGGUAUAAUCAUGGAAACCACCUUUGGGGUAACUGUGCGAGCUGACUGGCCACACCUAAUUAGAAUCACUGCACCCAGCAACUACAAUGGCACACUUGGUGGUCUGUGUGGGAAUUUAAAUGGCAACCAAGAAGAUGAGUUCCUCAGCCCGGUUGGUGUCUUGCUGAAUGAUUCACAGGCAUUUGGGAAUAGCUGGCGAGAUGGAUCCCUCUCAGCGUACUGUGAAGAAUCAACAGACAAUUGGCAAAGAGGAUAUUAUCAGAACAGCAGCCAGUUCAUGCAGCACUGCAGCAUCAUGGCUUCACCUUAUGGACCGUUUGCUGAGUGCCACAGCAGCCUGGAUCCCAGGGCAAGGGUAGCAGAUUGUGCAAGUUCCCUGGAACACUCAGGAGGUGCAAAAGAGGCCUUUUGUGAGGCACUGCGAGGCUAUGCUGUGCUUUGCCAGCAAAAUGGCAUUGAUGUGCGAGAAUGGAGAAAUAUAACAAACUGUCAGUUCCCCUGUCCAACCAAUAGCCACUAUGAGCUGUGUGGUACUUCCUGCCCUGCAGCCUGCCCCAGUCUCUCAUUUCCUUAUUUGUGCACCCAACACUGCCAGGAAGGAUGCCAAUGUGAUGAUGGGCUACUUCUAAGUGGAGACCGUUGUGUGCCCCCUAUGGGGUGCGGCUGUCUCCAUGAAGGGCGCUACAGGCAGGGUGGAGAACGUUUCUGGCACGGUGAAGAGUGCCAGUCCCUGUGUACCUGUGAUGGGACCACAGGUUUCGUCCGCUGUUCUCCAUCAUCUUGCAGUGAGCAGGAAACCUGUCGUAUUGUCGGGGGAGAAUAUGGCUGCCACCCUCUACCCCGUGCUACCUGCUCUGCUUCAGGAGACCCCCACUACACCUCUUUUGAUGGACGGACAUUUGACUUCCAGGGCACCUGCAGAUAUUUACUGGCAACUGUAUGUAAUGAUACUCAAGGGCUUCCAUAUUUCCAGGUUGUUGCAAGGAAUGAAGCAUGGCAAGGACUCCCAGUUUCAAUCACUGUGGAGGUUUAUGUCAAUGUUUCUGGGUAUAUGGUUCAUGUCACGCGCAACACACGGGGUACUGCUGAGAUUGAUGGUGAGACCAGGAAUCUUCCUGUCCUGCUUGAUUCUGGACGUGUUUCCAUUUACUCCAGUGGACAGAACACAUUUAUCACAACUGACUUUGGCCUAAGUGUGAGUUACGAUGGCAAUUGGGUCGUGCGCAUCACUGUCCCAGCUAAUUACAGUGGAGCCACAUGCGGCUUGUGUGGUAACUUCAAUGGCCAGAGGGGUGACGAUUUCCUUACGCGCUCGGGUGCACUGGCUCCUUCAGCCUUUGAGUUUGGAGCUGACUGGAAAGUGGGGAAUGAUACGUUGUGCAGUGAUGGAUGUGGAGACUCUUGUUCACCAUGUCAAAACCCAGUUGAGGCACGGGCCCAGUGUCAGAUCCUCAGGGACAGCCAGGGUCCCUUGAGCUUCUGUCAUGCCACUGUGGACCCCCAGGCCUACUUUGAUGACUGUGUGUUUGAUUUAUGCCUCUCUGGGUACAGGCAUGAUGUGCUGUGCCGUUCCAUCCAAACCUAUGUGAGUGCCUGCCAGUCUGCCAAUGUCUGGAUCUACCCCUGGAGAGAGAACACAACCUGCAGAAUUAACUGUCCCAUGAACAGCCACUAUGAGCUAUGUGGCACAGACUGUGGUCAUACCUGUGCUAGCAGCAUUGAUGCUGUAUGUGAGCGGACGUGUUCAGAGGGCUGUUUCUGUAAUGAGGGCUAUGUGAGGAGUGGAGGACGCUGUGUUCCAGUGGAACAAUGUGGCUGCUUGUACAAUGGAUUCUAUUAUCAUAUUGAUGAGCAGUUCUGGACCCCAGGAUGUUCACAACGCUGUGAGUGCUUUGCUCCAAAUGACCUUCGCUGCUACUCUGCCUCCUGCUCUCCCAACCAGGAGUGUGAGGUCAGGAAUGGCCUGCUUGGCUGCUACAGCAGAAUGUCCUCAUGCAUGGUCUGGGGUGAUCCCCAUUACCUUUCCUUUGAUGGAGCUGUAACCACCUUUCAGGGAACCUGUUCAUAUGAGAUCUCUAAGACCUGCUCGAAUGUCUCAGACAAUGGCUUACAGUUCCGUGUGGUGGCAGCUAACAUGCAUCGUGGGAACAUGGCUGUGUCCUUUGCGUCUAAAGUGGAUGUGUGGCUAACUCAGUGGGGACAGCAGACACAGAUUACUAUUGGACAAAACAAGAGAGUGAAGGUUGAUGGGACUGACAUGGACUCAUCUGCUUUUCAAAUCAGCCACCUUGCAGAAGUACAUCAGGAACAAGAUUUUGUGGUUGUGAAUGCAUCAAGCGAGCUCAUGGUCUACUUUGAUGGUCGUUACACACUUUCAGUGAAACUGGGCCCGAGCUUCCAGGGAUCUGUUUGUGGAAUGUGUGGCAACAAUAAUGGAGACCCUUCAGAUGACAAAGCUAUGCCCAGUGGAGCUCUUGCACCCAAUGACAAUGUGUUUGGCAACAGCUGGAGAUCAGAUAUCAGCUCUCCAGGGUGUGGAGCAAAUGACCGGACACUUGACAUGAAUGACUGCGCUUUUAGACAGGAGUACUCUGAACUCUGUAGCAUCAUCACUAACACCAGUGGACCCUUCCAGCUCUGUCAUUUCCAUGUCAACCCCGUAGUUUACUUCAAUUCCUGUGUGUACGACCUAUGUGUUUAUUCAUCUGCCAAUAAUAUGCUGUGUUCAGCUCUGGAGGCCUAUGAGGUUGCUUGCACCACGGUGGGGCUCCAGAUUUCAGACUGGCGGUCUGGUCUAGAUUGCGCGAGGGCGGACCCCUGUGCAGAGCUGAACUGCACUGCAGAUGAGUGGUGCGGGGAGAAGGACGGCAUCUAUGGCUGCUUCUGUAAUGAGGAUCAUCCAAGACCAAAGUUUGAGGCUUAUGACUCCAGAGAAACCUGUCAGAGCAGCUCUGGGACCAUGUCUCUGUCCCGCUGUCAGCUCUUUGAAGCUGGUUUCCCUGCAAACGUCCUGCACUUGAGUGACUCUAGCUGCAGAGGAACAGUCCAAAACGGCAGACUGGUGUUCCACUUUGAUAAUGAUGACCACAUCUGUGGCACAAAUCUCACGGCCAACGGGACACACUUCAUUUAUGAGAACUCCAUCCAGGGGGUGGUAGAUUCAGCAGGAGGUCUGAUUAACAGACAGAAACAUCUGGAGCUGCGUUUCUCUUGUGUUUAUCAGCUUAGUCAGACACUUUCCAUGGACACAGAAUUAAACCCCUUGCAGAGCAUAGUGCACAAGAACCUUCCAAACGGUCAGGGGUUGUAUCAGGUCAGGAUGACUCCCUUCCAGGAUGCUGCCUUCUCCCACCCUUACAACGGUAGUGCAUACAUAGAAGUGGACCAGCGGAUCUACGUUGCAGUGAUUGUUCAGGGAGUGGACAGCCGUCAGAUUGCCACAGUCAUAGACUCAUGUUGGGCCACUCCUGUCAAUGACCAGAACUUUGCUGUCCGCUGGAACCUCAUCAAUAAUAGAUGCCCUAACCCAAAAGAUAUCACAGUGGAAGUUCUUCAGAAUGGUGUCUCCACAACUGGCCGUUUCUCCUUCAAGAUGUUUGCCUUUAAUGACUACCGCAAAGUUUUCAUUCACUGUGCUGUCCACCUGUGUCUUCUGCAGAGCAACAACUGUGCAGCGCGCUGUUUCCCUGGACACCAUCGCAGAGGUGGCAGGUCUGCAGACAUCCAUGACACUGCCUCCAUCUCUGUGGGACCUUUUGUCUGGAAUGCCUGAAGCACAGGUGUGUAGAUUCCAGAGAUGCCGACGCUUCUCCAGCAGCCACCUGAAGGCAAACUUUAUGGGCAAAGAUAUAAAACGACUUUUAGUUAAUCUCAUUUUAAUCAGUGGGGUACUACUGCUAUUCUGUUUUAUUAAUUUUGCUAUCAAUAAUUAUUUGCUUCCAUAACUUGUUGAGUUUGAUUGAUGUGACAUAUUUACCACAUUUUGAUUCUAUGCACAUUUUGAAAAUUCUUUGAUUGUUAUCUUUCCAAACGUGGAUUCAUUUAUCAGGUGUCUAUGUUCAUCCUUAUGAAUAAAUUUUAGUAGCUUGUCCAAUAAAUUCUCUAUAACUGGCAUAACAAAUCUUAUGAUAUGUAUGUUAUCAUUUCUUCAAAUUGGUUACAUACAGAACUUCAGGCUUUUGUUUUCCUCGUUUUACACUUUACGAAUGCAAUAAAUGAUCAGAGCAUGAUCCAGAGUUGUACUUGAUGUGUUUUAUGUAAAAUACGUAAGAGGUAAACAAUUAUUGUUACAGAACAGUUUUCUGGGUUGCUUUUGUGUUCAUACACAUCAUGUCUGAGGUGAAACUGAAAAGGUGAACAAGCUCUCUCAAGUCCACAAAUAAUAUUCACCAAUGAUGAAUUAUAAGUAAUGUAGUAACAGGUGUUGACUCUAGUGUCCUGGGUGAAAGAAUUAAGAUAAAAAAAUUUCUACAACUAAAAUCAUGUUAGACAAAAAUCAACUGAGAAACAAUCAUUUCCACAUCUGUUGAAGACAGCAAUGAAUAAGGCAAAACAUGAUAAAUCACCGUUCAUUCAUUAAUAACAUUUUUAUUUCUGCAUGGAAUACAAUACUCAAUGUUAUUAAUUUAGUUAUCAUUUUUGUCCCUUGAACUUAUUUGACAGUAACUGCUGGAUUCAUUUAUGUUUGUUAUUAAUUCACUAAAGUAAAAUGACACAUAUUUUGUUCUUAAAACUUUAAAACUUGUUAAAACUAUAUUCAUGAAUAUUUAAUAUGUUCAAUCAUGAACAUACAAUAACUGGACAUUUCAUUAAGUGCAAUGUAUCUACACUGUUUGUCUAUUUUAUUAACUCCACUUACCAUAUAACUGCACUUGUCUGAUCC